UUGCCGUCACUUCUCGUCACGCCGCGCCGCGCCUCUGCUGUCCUCGCGCGCUGACGUGAAUCUUGACUUUGGCUGCUUUGUGAGAAUUUGUUGCAGUGGAUACGAAACAAGAAAAUUGCUUAGUGAAGGAGAGUUUUUCCGGCGCUGCUCCGUCACCAUGCGGGCGGAGAGAGCUAAAAUGUGCCCCUUACCCUUGCUCCUCGCGCUCUCUGUCCUCUGGGCAGGCGCGGUAGUGUGUGACCUUCAUGUCCCUGCUGAGGACUCCCCCACCACCAGCCCGGCGCCUCUCACCCUCUGGCACUGUGACUUCCAGGAAGACAUGUGUGGGCUGACCCCCGUGGACACCCUGGAGGGUUCCUGGGAGCGUGUCGACACGAUAGACCCAGUACCCGAGACGCAAGAUUCUUGGAGCGUCGCGCUGGCACCUGGCAUGGCCGCAGGGGAGAGGGCUGGCCUGCUGUCACCUGCGCUCCCUCCCUCGGACUCCCCUCGCUGCCUCACCUUCUACUACUACCUGGACGGCGCCGAGCCAGGCCAGCUCACUGUCCUCCUCAGGGAGGGAGAGGAUCCCGCCGUGGCUGUGUGGACGCGGGGCUGGCCUGAGGGGCCGCAGUGGAAGGCUGCCUACAUACACCUUGAUCUCAACACUUCUGUCUCAGUUUUGUUUGAGGGCGUACGGGGCGGCAACCUGAUGUCUGACCUGAGGCUGGACGAGAUCAACCUGAAGGAGGGUUCUUGCGACACCAUCCCUCCCACUGACAUCACGGAGAGGUUCUGGUGUGAUUUUGAAGAAGACCUGUGUGGCUUCACCUUAGAGGACAAGCUAGGGAAGUGGAUCUGGACAUACUACAAUGAUCCUGAAGCUAAUUUCACACACCCAGAUCAAGACCACACAUACAACAGUGGUUAUGGAAAGUACUUGGCUGUCCCCCUGAAUUCCUCAAAGAGUGGUGUGGUGAGCAGAGUGCAGACACACAAGUUUUCCCUUGAGGAACACCAACCUCAGUGCUUCUCCUUCUGGUACAUGCACAAUGGCCACUCCAAUAAAGACUCCCUAUCUGUGUAUGUCAAGCAUGGCAUGGAUGUCUUUCCUUCAGCCAUUUGGAAAGAGAAAAAUGAACACCACCUGUCCUGGCUGGAGGCAAACAUCCCCAUUCCAUCAGGCUUCAUGAACUUCCAGGUGGAAUGGGAGGCAUACCAGCAGUCAGAGAGUCAGGAUGGAGUCAUUGCCAUUGAUGAUGUGAAGCUUUCUGCUCAGGAGUGUCCCUCCAUAGGCAGCUGUACGUUUGAGACUGGCACCUGUGGCUGGCAGAACUUGUUUGAAAAUGUGAAUGUGACUGAGGAUACAAAUGACUGGCUUCAGGGUUCUGGUGAAGAUCACCUCAAUGAUGCGGGUCCUGAGACUGACCAUUAUAAUGACACUUCAGGCAAGUUCCUCUAUGUUGAUGGGGUGGAGACAGGGACGGCUGUGCUGGAGAGUCAGGUGUUGGUUCCUGAGCAGCACAACGACUUUUGUUUCUCCUUUUGGUUCUACAUUCAGGGUGAAGCAGAUGACAAGUUGGCCAUCAGUGUUGUGGCUGACAGUGGCAAGGAGAAGGAGGUGUGGGUGGCCAGUAUGACGGACAGCUGGGCUCAAGGCCAGGUGCGAGUCAAAGCCACAGAAUUAAUUUUCAUAGAAGUGGCCUAUCAGCUGUACAUUCGAGGCACACGCACCUCAGACAAGUCUGUGAUUGCCCUGGAUGACUUUUCGUUCAAGAAGAAGAUUGAAUGUCCUAAAAAACCUCAAAAUCCAGUGACAGAAGGUCCAUCAAGCUCCUCCACUCCUUCCCCAAAUGUGCUGUGGAGCUGUGACUUCACCAAAGACAAAUGUGGACUCACCAUGUCAGGGGAAGGAGACUGGUUCCUCACAGAAUAUGCCAACACAACACAACACAAUCAUGAUUAUAUGUGCUUAAGUUUCUUGAGUAUGGAAGGGGAGGAAGGUCGAGCUGCCCUCCCACAUCUUGAGGUUCAUGAAGGCCCUUCAUGCCUCUCCUUCUGGUAUAUGAUUGGAGCAGUGAACCGUGGCAACCUCUCCAUCAUGUUCACGUCUGAAGAUGCUGGUGCAAGUGAAGUAAUUUGGGCUCGCUCUGAGGCUUCAGGCAAUGUUUGGAUCACAGCAGAUCUACUUAUACCUCUGGACGGCUCCACACUGGUGGAAUUUGUAGCUGUGACUGGACAGCAGAAUGAUGGUGUUCUUGGCAUUGAUGACAUUCUUGUGGCUGCUGAUACUUGCAGUCAUGUCUUUCCUGAUGGUUGGUGGUGUGACUUUGAAUAUCCUGAUCUGUGUGGGUUUAGCACUGACCCAGGUCUAAAUGACUGGAUGUGGUUCUCUCCUGUUCAGAACCAAAAUAAUUCACAGACUCCUCAUAUACCUGCUGAUCACACCUAUCAGACUGGCUAUGGCCAUUAUAUGGAGGCAGCAUUGGUGCCCAGCAACACUGAGGGUAGAGUGGGUAGUCUCAGAACACCUUGGAUAUCCCAGCCCCAAGACACCCCAAUGUGUGUUUCCUUCUGGUAUGUGCACAAUGGUGCCACCAAUGUUGACAGUCUCUAUGUCUAUGCUAACAUAUCUGGACAUCUAGGAGAUCACCUGUGGCAAGAGAAAGCCAGUUACAUUGAUACCUGGCUGUCAGCCUCAGUGCCCAUCCCUGCUGGGGACCAGCAGUCAGUGCAGGUGUUGUGGGAGGCUUGGCAGGGCAAGAGGGAAGACCACUCCUCCAUGGCCGUGGAUGACAUCAAGAUCACCAUGCUGCCCUGUGACACUCUAGGAAGUUGCACUUUUGAAUAUGGAACAUGUGGAUGGCAGAAUGUAUUGUCUGGGGAGGGACUGGCCAAUGAGACAGCCUGGUUAGUGGGUUCAGGUGCCACUGGUGCUGACCUUGAUGCUCCAGACACAGAUCACAAUGGAGACCGUGAAGCUAUGUACCUGUAUGCUGACUCCAUGUUUGCUGAAACAGGCAAAGCAACACUGCAGAGUCAAAUGUUUGUCCCAGAAGAGAAUAAUGAUCUCUGCUUUCACUUCUGGUUCUAUCUUGAGGGAAGUGAUGUUAACCUGGCAAUAGAGUUAGAGGCUGAGGGCUUCUCCCAGAAGGAGAUUUGGCACCAGAGUGAUGGCAGCAGGCAGUGGAAGGAAGGACAAGUGCAUGUCAAGGCAAAGGAUUUUUUCAGUGCUAAGGCCUACCAGGUUUUGAUCAUUGGAGAAAGAAAUACAGAAUGGGAUGCUAUUGCAGUUGAUGACUUCAACUUUACUGUAUUUCAUGGCAGUUGCCCAGUCUUGCCACAAGUAGACACGACCACAACGACCACUCCAGCCCCAACGAGCAUUUCUUGCACCUUUGAAGUUGAUCAGUGUGGAUGGGAGAAUAUAGACCACGAAGAACCAGUUUCCUGGAUUCAUGACAGUGUCCAACACCAAAUGGUGCUGAAGUAUGAUAGAGACUCCCGCACGGCAGUGGAGACAGAUUCAAACAUGCAGAAAUACAGUGAAAGAUACUUUGUGACUGAGAAGGCUGAGCUGAGGAGUCCUUUGUUCCACAUCUCUGGUGGAGCCACCUACUGCUUCUCCCUCUCAUGGGCUGUGCAGUCCCAAGAGGAUGUACAGUUUGGUGUUGCUUUAGAAACGAAAGAAGGCUACAUGAUGAGCUACCUUAUGAUAGAGAAAGGAAGCAGUGGAGGGGCAUGGAGGACCUCCCAUGUAGAGAUCAGUGUGAAGGGAGCCCACCGUGUGGCUGUCAUUGGCCUGGUCAAUGAUGUCUUUAAUGGAUCCAUGGCUUUCACCAAUAUCCAGAUGGAAUAUCAGCAGUGCACAGAAGGUUAUGUCAAUGGCACAUUCUGGUGUGACUUUGAGACCGAUGACAAAUGUCAGUUUGUUACUUCUCUGCCGGAGGACAGCAGCGUAUGGACUUGGGGCACUGGAAACCCGUUCAAUGACCACACUCUGGGCAGUGAUUAUGGCCACUCAAUGUACAUUGAUGUAGCCUAUGCUGGGAACAACCAAGUAGCUCAUAUGAGGACUCCUAAAAUCAUGCCUGUGUCUGAGCCUUACUGCAUCACCUUCUGGCUUUACAUCUCUGAACCUAAGACUGGCUUACUGACGGUCUCAGCUUAUCAGAAUGAAGAAAUGCUUGCCUCAGCAUGGACAUCAAAGAAUGAUGACUUCCACCUCACCUGGCGUGGAGCAUCUUUCUCCAUCUCUACCAAGAAGGAAUUAUAUUUUGAUGUGGUGUUUGAAGUCAUAACAGGAGAGGAAACUUGGGGCACCAUUGCUGUUGAUGAUGUCAAGGUCAGCCCAGAGUCAUGUUCAAUGCCUGUGACAUGUACCUUUGACAAUGAAGACUUGUGCCUCUGGACACAAAAUAAGGAGGAUGACUUGAACUGGCUCUUCCAUCAUAAUUUGGAUGGACUGGAAGAUCAUUCUGAUCGGAAUGAAGGGUACUUCAUUGCACUACGGCCUGGGCUGCCAGCGUCUCCUGGAGAUCAGGCAAUUAUAACGUCGCAGCUUUUUGACACUACAGCAACAUCUUGCAUUUCCUUUUGGUUCUGCAUGUCGGGUUCAAAUGUUGGAUUACUGAGCGUAAAACUCGUAGAUGCUCAGUAUUAUGGCACAGUGAUGUGGCAGAUAAAUGGCACAGUGUCUGACAACCCAGAAUGGCAGUCUGGCCAGCUGUCCAUCCCUCCAACAAAUUUGUAUGGCAUGCUUUCCAUCAUUGCUGAGACAAGUUCAUCCGAAGAAGAUGGGACUGGAAUAAUUGCUGUUGAUGCCAUUGAACUGCGGGAGGAUACGCAAUGUGUCUUUCUUCCCGACUAUGCAGAGAUUGGCACUCUGCCUCCAACCACCACCACUCCCAUUCCAACCCCAACACCAGGCUAUGACUUUUCAUGCACAUUUGAUGACUUGGAGUUCAUUCUUUGUGGCUGGAAGGAUGUUUCACCACAUGGCUUUGCGUGGACCAUUGUAAAAGGCACUCUCACCUCUGUUGGGAUUGGUCCAGUGAGUGACCACACCACAGGGUCUGGCUACUACCUGUCAACAUCCCGCACAGCUGAUGAGGUGCUGACAGUGGAUCAGGUGUCUGUCCUGCAGAGCCCAGACCUCAAACACACUGGCAUUAAGUGCUUUGUGUUCUGGUACUUCAUGUGGGGAGACCAAUCAAAGCUAACACUGAAGCUUGCCACUGAGGAACUGUGGAGUCGCUCCGGGAGUCAGGGUAACCAAUGGGUGGCAGCAAAAGUGGAAAUUCAUGAAUACUUUGGCCGUACGGUCUCUCUGGAGGCAACACUGCAGGCUGAUCACGAGAAUACCUAUGUGGCUAUUGAUGACCUCUAUGCCUACAACGUCUCCUGUGAGACUGUGGAUGUGGGAAUGAAACAGGGAUGGCAGUGUGACUUUGAGGAGGCAGCCUUGUGUGGAGCAGUUAAUCAGGCAGAAGGCGACAACUCUAACUGGGAAUGGGUUAAUGGAAAUAAGGGAGCUAUUGGUGGCUACGAUCACUCAUACAACACGGAGGUUGGCCACUUCCUUCAGAUGGUUUCUAAUGACAUGGGCCCUGGCACAUACAAGGUCGCCAAACUGAAGCUGCCACUCAUUGGAAAUGUGCCAUCUGGUGACCACUGUUUCCAGCUUUACUACAUCAGGCUUGGCACUGCUAGUUCUGGACUCCUCAAGAUCUAUAUUGAGGCAGAUGGCAAUCUUGAGUUGUUAGUAGAAAUUAAUGAAGAUGAAGAAGUGUCAACAUGGACUCUUCUCCAGCAAACCUAUGUCAAUAGGAAUGACAAUGUCACUCUUCAGUUUGUUGUAAGAGGUGAACUGAACUCACUUUCUGAUGAAACAAAGCAACUUGUCUUGGCCAUCGAUGAUUUCUCCUUCACUUCUUCAGGUUGUCCACUGCCUGGGUCAUGUGCCUUUGAUGACGCCCACAUCUGUUCAUGGCACACAGAGAAGAAUGGAAAUCUGAUGUGGCAGUUGUCCAAUGGCUUGCAGGAACAUGGUGGCCCUAAGUAUGACCACACCAGCAACUCCACCAUUGGUGGCUACAUUGUGGUGGAGGACACCGGUGAACACAGUGGAAUGGCAACUUCGUUGGUCAGCUCUUUUAUUCCCAAUGAUGUGUAUGGCUAUUGCUUCACCUUUUUCUACUCCUUGAGUGGAGAUGAAGAGGCUCAGCUGAGAGUCAGGACUCGCCGUAACACUGGCAACAACACUCUUUGGUCUCUUACUGGUGAUCAGGGCACAGAAUGGCUCUAUGCACAGGUGGGAAUUCCUAACUCUGCUGAUGAAGGAUUUGAAAUAGUUGUUGAGGGUGUGGUUGGGUCAUAUGCUGAUGGUUGGAUUGCCCUGGAUGACCUGUACACUUACUCAGGACACUGCAGCACUGAGCCCCCAGAUGCCACCCUGCAGCCGCCUGUCACUUCCACUGUUGCACCAGCUGGUGACAUCUUCAGUUGUGACUUUGAGAUUGAUGUGUGCUCAAUGGUCCAAAAUGAAACAGAUGACUUUGACUGGACACAUGAACACAUAGAAGAUAGCUUUGAGAUGCCUCCUGGUGGACACAUUCUUGUUGAUGCCAGUGGACACACAUAUGAGGAAAAGGCAAUCAUCACUACACCUUUCUUCACUGCACAGGGUCUUCAGUGUGCCAGUUUCUGGUACCAAUUCAUAGGAAGUGAGUCAGGUACACUGGCAGUCAACUCACGGUCAUCCUCUCAUUGGGCAGCAGCUCUGUGGAAGAGAAGUGGCCCCACUAUUCCAUCAUGGAACUCAGCAAUGAUAGAAAUGGACGUGACUCAGAGUUCCUAUGCGUUGGAUUGGGAGGUAGAGGUGGUGGGUGAAGACUCCAUCAUCUUGGUGGACAACAUCAUGGUGUCCUCUGGUGGGUGUCCAGUGCAGCCACAAUCCUGUGACUUUGAGUAUGAAGAUGGACUUGACAAGUAUUGUGGAGGUUAUGAGAAAACAACACCCAAGGACUUCAAAUUCUUCCAAACAACAGGAGACAUUUCUCUUGGAUUUACUGAGAUAGACCACACAUACAAGUCACAAUACGGACACUAUAUCGUGGCAGACUUCACCAAGGCUUCUGCUGGCAGCGAGACCACCCGCAUGUAUGGUCCGCAGGUCCAACCAGACUCCACGUGCUUCUCCUUCUGGUUCAUCCUUGACGUCCAUGAGGCCACCACUCUGAGAGUUGCACUCAAUGAUACUAAUGAUGUUAUUUUUAUGACAGAGAUGGGAACAGGUGGCAUGUGGCAACUUGGCGCCAGUGAAGUUGAGAAGUUUGGCAGCCAUGGCAACGUAGUGUUUGAGGUUUUUUCCUCAGCAAGUCGCAGAGGUUAUGUGGCCAUUGAUGAUGUAAAGAUGGACAACUCCAAAAUGUGUCCUGUUGAUGGGAGGUGUGACUUUGAAAAGGACACCUGCGGAUGGAGGAACACAGGAAACCUCCAGUGGGUAUUUUCCAAGCUGGAGCCAGAUGAGGAGGGUCCAUCUACUGAAACCAACCUGAUGUUUGUCACACCUGGUGAGGACCUUGUUGGCUACAUGGCCACACUCACAUCACCCAUCCUUCUGCCUGACUUCAGCUGUGUUAGAUUCUGGUUCAAGAAAGCUGGGGAAGCUCCAGUGUCAUUGAGGGUUGUAGUGACUCCUGGGCCUGCUUACCUUGGUGAACACUUUGAGGUAACACUGUGGGUGCUGCCAGACACUGUCACAUCAGAUUGGCAGGAGGGACAGCUAUCAAUCCCACAUUACUCUGUGGACAGCAUUGAGGUCUACAUAGAAGCUAAACGACUUGAAGGUGACUGGAAUGGAGGACACAAUGAAGGAUUAAUCCAUAUAGAUGAUGUGGAGGUGACUAGAUCCUCAGAGUGCAGCACUGUUCCCCCUGAAGCCUCGACCAAGACCACCACCCCAUCCUCUCACCUCACCACAACUCCCAGAGGCUCAAUGAGUGAAGUAUCAUGUGACUUCACCAAUGGGGACUUCUGUCAGUGGACUAGUGGCUCAACGAAUGUUAAGUGGCUCAUUGAGUCAGAUAUCCAGAACACUCAUGGCGUGGGACCACUGGCUGACCACACUACAGGUGAUGGUUAUUUCAUGAGCCUGACUCCAACACACGACCAAAAUGAAGGUGUUGCUGUCAUAGUAACUACUGAACUAACUGCCACAUCUGCACAGGACUUUUGUCUGCGCUGGUGGUACCACAUGGAUGGCUCUGAUGUAGGAACCCUCAGUGUUCACCUUAUAACUCUGAAGAAAGAAAAGGACUCAGUCAUCUGGAAAAAGAAAGGUUUCCAGACCGCAUGGUGGACUGAGGCAUUUGUUGGAAUCCACAUAAAUGAAAAUUUUGUGCUGGAAUUUAAAGGUUCCCAAGGGAAAAACCUCCUGUCUAACCUUGCUGUGGAUGACAUUGAUAUGAAGCCUGCUGUGUGUCCUGAGAAUCUUCAGACAAUGAAGAGUGAUGAAGUUCUGUGCACCUUUGAACAAGGCAACACCUGUGGCAUGGAAGUAGGCUUGGAGACAGGGUGGACUAUUGUUAAGUCUCACACUUCAGACCACACAACAGGCACUGAUCAAGGCCAUGUUUUUGAGCUCCGUGGGGGAAGCAAUCCUGCCACAUCUAUUCUGAAGUCUCCUUUCAUCACUGUUGAAAAAACAAAAUGUGUUGGCUUUUAUUACUGGAUUGGAGGCACAGAGGAUGCAUCUCUUACAAUAUCUUUAGAGAAAGACAGUGGUGUCAGUGUGGGUGAGUCUGUACAGUUGGUAAAGAUGGCAGAACCAGGCUGGAGGGCCAUAGAAAUUGGACUUUAUAGAUACUAUGGAGAGCAAAUGAAGGUGAUGUUUACGGGAAGUGUUGGACCAAACAAGGACACUGUGGUAGCCAUAGAUGACGUGUUUGUAAACUUGGAGAUGUGUUCCCCAAGAAUUGCAGUGCAAUGUUACUUUGAAAACACAACCUGCUUGUGGAUGAAUGACCCCAACGGACUUCAGUGGUUUACUUCAGACACCAGCAGUGGCCACACCCUCAAUGGUCCUGCUGAUGACCUUAGUAAAGAACACUACGCCAUAUUUGAAAUUGUGCCGCAUCACCAGCCCGGAGCUUCAGCCCGCAUGAUCAGUCCCACUGUCACCAGAUCAGGAUUCAGUUCACUCAUGUGCUUCACCUUUAUAUAUUCUGCCUGCUGUGAACAUGGAGGAAUUCUGUCUGUGAUCCUGCAAGAUAUUAGUGCCAAAGAUGAGAUUUUAUUAUGGCAGCUUCCAAUAACCAGUGAAUAUGCAGAUUCUCGCUGGCAUGAUGGCCAAGUGGCUGUCAAGAAUCCUCCAGACAACUAUGCCAUCAUAAUACAAGGGGAGGUGUGGGAUGGCCGAGAAGGUUACCUGGCCUUUUGGAAGCCUGAGCUAAAGGAAAAUGUGGAGUGUCAGUUGGAGCCUGCAGGUGCCACCCCUCAGCCACAUUUUAUCCAGCCUGUGGCCACUACUGCUUCACUGCUGGAUAAUUCUAAUUCCCUUGCUUGUGACUUUGAGGAUGCAUCUCACCCAAUCUGUGACUUUGUGCUUGAUGACCUUGGCUCCUGGACACGAGUGAAUGCCUCCAACCCACCGACAGCCUACAACCCCAUGGCUGAUAACACCCUCAAAAACAGCUCAGGCCACUAUAUUGUAGCUGAGUAUUCUGAAUCAGGGAAUACUGAUGUGGCAGUACAAAUCAGGACUCCUGUAUUAAACUCCACCACUGACUACUGCAUUACCUUCUUCCUGCAUCAUGUGGGAGACAAACCACCACCAGUCAUUGUGAAUGCAGAGUCAUGGGAUGGACCAUACCAUGUGGAGCUGCUGCGGCGUGACUACCCGCUGCAGGACAUGUGGGUGCUGGUGGAGAGGGAAGUGCCAGCAGGAAUAAUGGAUGGGCCCUUCGUCAUCACCGUCAAUGCCAUGAUGAAAGAAGACCAGGAUGGAGAUGCUUCUAUUGAUGAUCUGAAGGUGUUGGACUCCAAGUGCCCUCAGGAGGGAGACCUAUCGUGUUCCUUCACCUUGGGCCUGUGUGGGUUCCUGCAGGAGGAAGUGAAUGAUGACACAGACUGGCUAUGGCAUGAUGCCACUGGAAUGGAUGAUCCAUACAUUCCUAUGGAAUCAAAGAGGCAUGACUACUACAUAUAUCUGAACACCUCUCUGCCAGAGGGUACCAGUGCUGUGAUCUAUACAGCUGAGUAUCGUCUGUCUGAACCACAUUGUGCUACUUUUGAUGUGCAUCUCCACUCUGAGAAGGAACAAACAGCAUUGUUGCAAGUCUUCAAUGUAGGAGCAGGAACAAUUGAGGAUGGAGUGCUGAUACUCCAUGAGAAGGAUGAUCUUGGUUAUGACUGGGCCACCCUGCAGGUGCCAGUGGAGCCAUCUGUGAGGCCAUUCCAUCUUGCUUUCCGAGGAAUCAUUGGGAAAAAUGUGGACAAGUUUUACUCAACUUUUGCUCUCGAUAACAUCAAGCUAACACCUGGUGCUUGCUAUUCACCUGCAUCAUGUUCAUUUGAAGAUGGUUCCUGUGGAUGGUUUUCUGAUGAAUUUGAAGGUGAUUUGGAGUGGGAAUUUGGUGGUCCUGUAGAUUUAUCACUUUCCACCAGACCAUAUGCUGACACCACCAAGAUAAAUAAUAAUGGAAGUUUUCUGUACCUAGAAGCUGAUGAGAACAUGGAGGGCAAAACAGCUAUUCUUCAUAGUCAAACAUUUGCUCCAACUGUGGUUGAAAGCUGCUUCACAUUCUGGUACCAUGUCUAUGGUGCCUUUGGUACUCAGCUGAUAGUACUAAUGGACAUGAUAGACUAUGGUGAAUCAGUGUCAGUGUGGAUGGACACAGUGGCCUACUCCAGGUGGGAUACUGGGUGGCAGUAUGCUUCUGCUCCAUUCGCUGCCAACCACAAAUUCAGAUUAUCAAUUGAAGCCAUUCUUGGGAGUGGCUUUAUGGGUGAUGUGGCCAUAGAUGAUGUCUUGGUGGCCACAGGAGGAUGUGCUGUGAAUCCUGUAGAGGCAGCAUUGGAGGUGAACUACAUCCCUCCAUUAAUCCACUCUAAAACACUGGCACUGCCCUCCACCACCACUGUCACCACUCCACCACUGGGGCCCCAUGACUGCACUUUUGAUCAAGAUCUCUGCUCAUGGUCAAGCACCAUUGAUGAUGGCUCUGGAAAUAAAAUGCAGUGGACACAGCAUGUUGCUGAUGAAACUUCAGAUGGUGGGUUUGCUUUCCUUGAUGUCACCAAGGAGGUCGGGAGUGGGUCACAUGGAGUCCUAAAGUCCCAGGAGGUCUCGGCAACCAUGGCUUCCUGCUUGUCUUUCUCUUAUGUCCUUGCUGGUCCACAUGAACUCAGUAUCAUUCUUGAGAGUGGGAGCAGCAGCCUGACUGAGGUGUGGCGCCUCUUGGGACCAGCAGGAGACAUGUGGCAGAAGGGACAAGUUACUGUGAUCUCAAAGGACUUGUUCUUCAUCCUUAUUGAAGGAGUGAGAGGAAAUUCCCCUAAUGGCCGCAUUGCCAUUGAUACCUUGGUCCUCACUAAAGGGCCGUGCAGGAUAGCAGAGGAUGACUGUGAUUUUGAGAACAAGAAGACCUGUGGAUGGCAGAUGUUACCUGCCCAUGAUGAUGGCCCCUCCUGGAAGUGGUCUGAUGGGCAGUCUUCUGUGGCAGAUCACUCCACUAAUACAGUGGAUGGUCACAUGCUGCGUGCCAACAAUAACUUUGGCAGCAGUUACUCCAACACAGCUAUCACACACUCUCCUUUGUUGGUGACUGAUCAAAAUGGAUGUGUUAGGUUUUUCUACUAUGCAGAGGAAGGAACUGAUGCUGAGCUCAGAGUUUAUUAUGUUGAAUAUGAUGCUGAUGGCUUUGGAGAUCUUGCCCCUGAAAUCCUGUGGUCAUCACCUGUUGGGAAGGUGUCAGAGUGGCAUGAAGGUCAAGCAGGUGUUUCUGUAAGCCUCUUCAAGAUCGAGGUGCAAGCCAUAUUCCAGACUCAGGACAACACCUCCUUUGUUGCCUUUGAUGACUUCAGUGUACACUUUGGCAUGUGUGGUGGCUUAGCUGAGUGCAACUUUGAUGGUUUUCACUUGUGUGGAUGGACUCAGUUUGAUAGUAAAGCCUAUUGGGAGUUAACCAAUGGUAGCGACCACACCCAUAGAGAGGAAGGUGGUGGAAUGUUGAUCUUGGAGCCAUCCAAGUAUGAGGCUGGUGAUGUGGCUGUGCUGAUCAGUCCCCUCAUGGGCCCUGCAAUGGCUGUGUCGGGCUGUCUGCAGUUCUGGUUCCAAAUGAAUGAUAUAGCAGAAGGCACAAUAAAUGUCUACAUUAAGCCCGUUGAUGUGGCCAUGGUACUGGUGUGGAGCCUGUCAGGCAAGCAGCAAGAUGACUGGAGUGUGGCAAGAGUUCCUCUUCAUGAUGUUACAGACUCUUACUUCUCCAUCCUGCUUGAAGGAAAGGUUGGAAUCAACCAGAUAGAAAGAAUACACAUUGAUGACAUUGUGCAGUUUGUGGGCAAGUGUAGUGUAUGGCCAAAAGAGGCUGUGCCCUCUAAUAACACUGAUGUCACCACUACCACUGCCCCACCCCACUCUACCACCACACAGGAACCACUUGGUAUUAAUGAUUGUGACUUUGAGAAUAUGCUUGGGCCUUUUUGCUCAUGGAUGGUGGCUGAGGGGGAUAAUACAAAGCCCUGGAUUUGGUGGAAUGGUCCCCCAGACACUGUCACACCGGGACCAUCCAAGGACCACACUUAUGGCACAGAGAGUGGUCAUUAUGUGUAUGUGGAGGCCGAGCUGGAAGAUGAAGCAGCAAGUGCCACUCUGUAUGUGCCGGUGAUAACAAACCCUCAUUGUCUCCGUUUCUGGUACUACAUGUUUGGGGAGCUCACGCCUUUCCUCACUGCUGGAACACAGAAAGGGGACAUCAGUGAGCUAGUCUUUACAAGAAAUGGUUCCCAGGGAGAUUUCUGGCAUCCAGCUACUAUAGAUCUUCAAUUAGAGGGACAAAAUUAUAAUGUAACAAUCAUGGCAUAUUGGGAGAAGGCCAGUGCUGGUAUUGUGGCUGUGGAUGAUGUGAGACUUCAUGAAAAUAAGUGUGAACGCAGUCCCCAGGACCCAGAGGCCAUCCAUGACUUUGAGGAAAAUGGUUCCAGUUUUAGUUUGGUGGAUGGAAGUGACUUGGACUGGGACACCAUGAGUGUUGGUGAACAGGCAGACCACACACUUGGCACCCUCAAAGGUCACAUGGCUCGAGUAGAUCUGCAUAAGCACAGUUCUGGUGACUUGGGACAGAUUGUGUCCCCUGUAUACCUCACCAAGCAGAUAUAUAGAUGCUACCAUUUCUACUAUUACAUGUCCGAUGUCUCAAACUCUGCCGCACUGAGAGGAUACGCACGCUUGACUGAUGAUGGCUCAGGUGUAGCUCUGAAUAUGUCAAAGUCUUUGGUGUUCUUACAUAGAGGAGACCAAGGAGAUUCUUGGGUCAGCCACCGAGGACGUAUAGGAAAUGUGGGAAAUUUCCAGUUCAUCUUUGAAGCAGAGGUUGUUAAGAAUGACUCCAAAGCCAUCAUUGCAAUAGACGACCUGUACUUCCCCACUGAUGAGUGUUUAGUAAUGAUUGCAUGUGACUUUGAGCAUGACAUGUGUUCCUGGACCAAUGCAUGGGAUGAUGAUGUGGACUGGCAGCUCAUGAGUCCAUCUGAUUUGGUGCCGGGCCCUCCUGUCGACCACUCGGAAAACUCAGUCACAGGUCACUAUGUGGGUCUCCUUGGUACCUACAUGCCUGAGGAGGGUGGGUAUGCCAACCUUGUCAGCGAGUGGUACAUGGCCAGGGCUACCAGUAAGGCUUCCUGCCUCUCCUUCUGGUACAACAUUGCCUUCACUAAUGGCUCCCUUGUGGUCUCAGCUGAGAGGGAGCAAGCAUGGCAAACCUUAUGGAAGCUUGAGAACGGGCCGGAUCCUGAGUGGCAUUAUGCAGAAGUUCCUAUUUACCAGGAAGAAAUGUUCAGGCUUGUGAUAACAGGAGUGUUAGCAAAACAUCCUGACACUUACCUUGCUUUGGAUUAUAUCACCUAUGACCAGCAUGACAAAUGUACCAGUGGCUUAGUCAUUCCUGCUAUUGCUGAUGUGGUUAGUCAAGCUGAGAAGGAUGUGGCAUGCUCCUUUGACUACAACUGGUGCACGUGGACACACAGUGAUCCAAUGGAGUUGGGAGUGACAAGUGCUGUGCAUACAGACCGAGGCCAUGGAGGAUAUGUGUAUGAGUUUGCCAAUGGUACACAUGUCUCCAUGCCAGGAUACAUAAAGUCCAGACGUUUAGCAGAAAAUCCUGAGAGCUCACACAAAUAUUGCUAUCGCUUCUGGUACUACAUGUUUGGCAUAAGCACUCCUUGGCUGACAGUGUCCACAAAGAUCCUGAGGUUCCAGUGGUCUGACAACACCUUUGAAAAUAUUGCAUGGCAGCGAACUAAGGGAGUGAUAGACAUGUGGCAGGAAGUGAAUAUUGAAAUACCCACUCAGUCUGGCGACUGGCAGCUGGUGGUGAGAGUAUCAAAGGAGGAUUACCAAGAAGGGGUGGUUGCUGUGGAUGACUUUGACUUGUGGGUUGGUGCAUGCACAAUGGAACAGUUGACUUGCGACUUUGAGUCAAAUUCAUGUGGAUGGAAUGAUGACAAGUCUUACCCACUAGAAUGGGUGAGGGUUGAGGCAAGGAAUGGUGGCGAGUCAAUGGGUUAUGAUCACACUACAAGUUCUGCAGAGGGAUACUACAUUUACUCACAUCUGAGGGAAGGCCAUGCAGUGGGGGAAAACUUGUCAGGCCGGUUGGUGGGGCCUCCUCUUAGUGCAGGCGGGGGAGACCAAUGCCUUACUUUCUGGUACAGCAUUGAAGGGUCAUCCACUCUCAAAUUGCUGAACACUGAAGGAGGCACCAGUGAUGAGCUGUGGAGUGUUAGUGAAACAAUGGUUCCUGGUUGGGUCUUUGCACGUGCAAACCUCAACAUUACCACCAAUAUGACUCUCGCUUUUGAAGCAACUUACCCUGUAAUAGCUGGAAAUGAGGUGGUCUUGGAUGACAUCACUCUCAGCACAGAACCUUGUCCAUCCAACAUCUUGGACUGUGACUUUGAGCAAGACUUCUGUGGCUGGUCAAAUGACUCACCACUGCUCGCAAGUUGGUUGAUUGGUCGAGGCUUCACUGUCAACUCAAGUUUGGUUUCUGGUCCCUUCUCAGAUCACACAACAAAGAAUGGAAUGUAUGCCUACAUUGACUUCACAGACAACUAUCUUAAGCGCAGUGUUGUACUUAAAAGUGAAAUAGUCUACAGUCAGGGACCAGCAUGCCUGACCUUCUGGUAUAUCAAGUAUGGUAACAGUGGUCGCUCUGGAAAAUUCACAAUUAAUCUGGUUGUGAAAGGCGAGGAUUUGUACACUCUGCUCACCCUUGGAAACAAUGAUAAUGUACGCCAGUGGACUUACCUCACUAUUGAUAUUGGAAGCCAAACCAAACCAUACACAAUAACCUUUGCUGUGGACUCAGUAACACGUGACCAGUUUGUUGGUGUGGAUGAUGUGAAGUUUUCCCAAGGAAGGUGUUCUGAUCUGCCAGCAACUCCAUCACCUCCCCCUGCCUUUGAAUCGUGUGACUUUGAGGCUGCAGAUCUGUGUGGUUUUACUCAGCGAGAGGAUGAUACAUUUUUAUUUGACUGGACCCAAGGAUCUGCCAGUGAUGGCCAGGGACUCCUCAAUGACCACACCACAGGAAACUACUAUGGUAAGUACAUGUAUGUGGAUCCCAAGCAGUACACAGUUGGGGCAGUGGCCGGCUUGGUCUCACCUGACGUGGAUGGAAUACCAGAAGCUUGUGUUGCCUUCAAUUACUACACCUCCCAUCAGGAUGGCACCCUGGAGGUGUGGCUGCAUAGCAAAGAAAUGCAUGACCCAUCAUUGCUGAACACCUACUCUGCUCCAUUCCAAACGUGGAUUGGUGCAAGGCUGUCGCUGUUUGUUUCUGGGGUUUGGCAACUGGAGUUCCGAGUAACAGUGACAUCUAACAAUGGGUUUGUGGCUUUGGAUGAUGUCAUUUUGAGCCCCGAUGCUUGCCCAGCCCCUGUGAACUGUGAUUUUGAGUCAAACUCUUGUCUCUGGGAAAAUACCAAACCUGCAAAAUGGACUAAUGGCCGUGUCACAGAUGACCCAAGCAAGGCCCCUGCUUACGGCUAUGCUCCACCAUAUGACCACACAACAGGCACACCCUAUGGUCACUACUUGUAUUUCUAUGACUCCAGUGUUGAUGAGCUGUCAGCAACCAUGCUGUCUGAGGUGUUUGCUGUUGAUAAAAGCUCUUGCCUCUCUCUCUGGAUUCACAUGUAUGGAGACAAGGUGGGAACCCUACAGAUAACAUCAAUUGAGGCAGAGGGCACCUUUGUACUGAAGAAGCUGGCAGGUUCUCUUGGUCUCGAGUGGCAUCAAGUACAAGUUGAACUGGGAACAUCACCACAACACUGGCUGACCUUGGAUGUGCAGGGUGUGCUUGGCCAGACCAAUGUGGUGGCUGUGGAUGACAUUGACUUGUCUAUGGGCCUUUGCACAGGAAACAGCAGCUAUGACUACUUCCUCUGCAAUGAUGGUAGCCAGAUUCCCAUGUCAAAGACUUGUGACUACCACACCCAGUGUGAAGAGGGUGAGGAUGAACGCUGGUGUGCUGGGUGUGAUUUCUCAGAGGACAUGUGUGGCUGGAGAAUGGUAGAGACAGGACAGGACAGCAGCCAUUAUUGGUGGCGGAGAUACACAGGAGGAGACCCAGAAGACAUUCCACAUGAUGCUUGCAUGACAGUGCAGAGCAAGGAAGGGUUAGUGCUAAACAAGCCACGCAUCAUCAGCCGCCUGCAACAACCAACUUUUGAAACUUGCACCUUAUCCAUGGACUACAAGUUACAGUCUACAGGAGCUGAUCCUGCAAUAAAUGUGUAUUAUGAGCAUGGAGGAUCUGAUAUGACACUGCUCUUCACUGGCCAGAGCUCCUCCCCAGACUGGCAGAAGCUCAUCUUGCCUCUUGGACGCAUCUCUACAGCCUUUAAUUUUGUCAUUGAGGCAAUCAGCUCAGGUGCAGAUAAAGAAACAAUAUCUCUUGAUGAAGUGAAGCUUACCAAAUGUGCCUCACCAGUACCCUGCAUAGACUUGCCUCCAUCAUAUCUUGUGUGUGAAAAUAAAGCGUGCUAUCCAGAAGAAGCCAAGUGUGACUUCACAGAUGACUGUGGAGACUACUCAGAUGAGGCCUUGUGUGAUGACUACCCAAUGCGGUGCAGCUUUGAGGAUGGUGAUUAUUGUGGCUGGGAUGUCUCAGAUAUCUUCCAGCUGACUGAGGCACGCUCCAGCAAGAUGCCACCCUACAGGGACCACACUGUCAACACAGGGGACGGUCACAUGCUGAUUACAUAUUCUUCUGCCACCAUCAUGAGUCCAAUAAUACAAGCUUCCACCAACUGCUGGUUCCAUCUUUAUUAUGCUAUAUCUGGGUCAUCAAAAGUAACGAUAGACUUAAAUGCAGUGGACUCAGCAACCAACAUAAUAUUCCAACAAACCAGCAGGCAUGGAGAGGAUGAACUUGUGUUCCACUGGACUCAUUUUUCAGCCUCAGUUUCUUAUAACAAACCUUUCUAUAUUGAUAUAUGGGUGACAGUAAAGGACAGUGGCUCAGUGGCAUUUGAUGACUUCUCCCUGACUCCAGAGUGCAUUGUGACUCCUGGCACCCCAACACCACCACCCAUUUCCACCACUACAAGCCCUUGUCAUGAUCAAUUUAUGUGUAAUAUUGAAAGUGAAACACCUACAUGUAUACCUUAUGAGCAAGUGUGUGAUUUCGAGAAGAACUGUCCAAAAGGUGAUGAUGAGAGCCUCUGUGGGACCACUGACUUUGAGGCAGACAUGGGUGGCUGGCAGGAUUUCAGUGACACUGGUUAUGGCUGGUCCCGCAUCAGAGCAUCAGAAGCAUAUUACCCAAAUUGUACAGCACCAAAUUUUGACCACACCAAUGUUUCAGCUGAAGGUUAUUAUGUGUGGGCUCCAGCAAAACUCUCAGAGUCCCCAGAAUCCACCGCCAUAUUGGUAUCUCCAGUUCUUGGGCCAGCAGGUUUAGGCUGUACUUUCAGUUUGUGGUACAAUUGUAAGGACAAUAACCCUUUCCUGGUCAUGACGACAUGGACUACUGGUGACUUGAGAGAAAAAAUUGUGUCAGUUUCAUUAGCUUGCUCCUCCAACCAAGAAUGGCGCCAGGGUCAAAUGUACAUUGGGGAACAAGGCCAGCUCUUCACUGUUGAGGUCAAGAGUACCAAGUAUUUCACGACAUGGGUCCCAACACAGUUUGAUGUCACCAUUGAUGACACUGCCUUCACUCUUUGCUCCACACAUGAAGAACCAACUAAGGAGGAUAUAAAAUGCACUUUUUCAAAGCCCUGCCACUUCUACCAGAGUCACAGAGACAGUGCAGACUAUGUUUUGGUAAAAACAAAGUAUGAUAACUACAUUUCUCUGCAAGGGGACAAGAAUAAGCGCAUUGCUGUGCUGGAGACUCUGCCCCGUGACCCAUCCUUUGGCUUCUGUCUCUCCUUCCGGUAUCUAAUCAAGGGGAAAGCUUCUCUGGAGGUUGUGAUCAGUCAAACCACCAUGAAUGAAACUGUGUUUGUGAGGAAGAGUGGCUUCCUGGACUGGCAGACAUUCCACCUUAACCUUUUUACUUCUGAAAUAUAUCAGAUUCAGUUUGUGGCCCACACAUCAGCAUCUAAUGGAGAAGUUGCCCUGGAUGACAUUGAACUAGUGGAAGGAAUCUGUCCUCCUCCACUCACCUGUUCCUUUGAUGAUGAAUCAGACAAUUGUCAGUGGAAGAACUACUUUACUGGAGCCUCACUGCCCUGGAGCUUAGGAACUGGCAAUGAGAAUGUCACCUCCGGACCAAAGGUUGAUCACUCAUGGGGCACACCAUUUGGUCACUACCAAUAUCUGAAUAUUGGUGGAGACCAGAGUGGAAAUGUUGCCUUCCUAAAAAGUCCUGAGGUUGCCACCACCACUUCUGAUGGAGACUGUUUCCAAUUCUGGUUCUACCUCUACUCUAAAGUGAAAGGUAAUGAUGUUGGGGAGCUUGGAGUUCGCAUCCUGAUUGAUAAUUCCACCAUGAGUGAACGCCUAUGGGAACACACAUACAAUGGACAGGAUGGCUGGCAGUUUGGAGAGACAACAGUCAAACAUGAAAAGAACUUCAGUGUUGUGCUGGAGGGCUACCGGCUGGAUGGGUCUGAGGGCUACAUGGCCUGGGAUGACUUGACAGUGAAGCGUGGUGUGUGCACAGAUCCUGGCACGUGUGAUUUUGAGGGUGGCCUUUGUGGCUGGACUGAUGUAACAGAAUAUGGUGACAAUACAUGGCUGUGGCUUGUGGCUGAGGAAGCAAGCAAUGGAGUGACUGUUGACCACACCACAGAAUCUGGAUCAGGCCAUUAUAUCACAUUUGAGAGGGACUACUGUAACAAUGGAAAACCCUGCAUUGGCAAACUAAGGAGCACUGACAUCACUCCCAAAGACACAUACUAUUGCUUCACCUACUAUUUGAACAGCUAUAAGGGUGAAGUAUAUACCAAUGAAGUGGCCAUCAAGUUGAUCAAUGUUGAAGAUAACUCACUAAUGACAAAUGUGAGUUAUGUCAACUCAUUUGACUUCCUCUGGUCCCAACAUCAAGUUCAACUGACAAGGAUAAGAGAUUUGUUCCAUCUUCAGUUGGAGGCAACAAUUUAUCCCAUGAGUGCUUCAGUUGGGGCUUUCAGUGCCUUGGAUGACAUAGUCCUGACCCCUGGACGCUGUGACUCAGGAGGGACUACCAUCACACCCACAACAGGACCUCCACCACCUGAUAAGCAGCUGACAUGCACUUUUGAGGAUGGCACACUGUGUGACUGGUCCCAGCACCAGGGAGACAACAGGGAUUGGAUGCUGACAUCAGGCGAGAGUGUGGACUCCACUUAUGGACCACUUGUAGACCACACCACCCACCUCUCUGAUGGUCACUUCAUCUACAUUCACUCAUUAGGAGUUGCAGGAGAAACCAAUUUGUUUUCUGACAUGAUUGUGAAUAAUGAAGCUGGUCACUGCCUGUCCUUUUCUUAUUACAUGCAUGGCCCUAGCCCUCCAGUCCUCAUGGUCUACAUUACUAAAGAGCACGAGAUCCCAGGAUCCUCUGAACCUCCAGACUGGCAACACCUAGAUGAGGUUGGAGAGAUCUGGCAACAGGUUCGUCUCUUCAUACCAAACCAAGACUUUGCUCAGCGAGUGGUAGUGCGGGGCAAGUCAUUGUCUACUGACUCUGACCUUGGCCACAGUGCAAUUGAUGAUUUCCUUCUGACUGAUGGCUCCUGUCACAACCCUGAAGAAAUCUGGUGUGAUUUUGAGACAUCAGAUAUGUGCGAAUGGACAAAUGUUAAUGAUGGUGGAGCAGAGUGGAUUUGGAACUCUGGUCAAAACCCAGACUUGGUUAAUGGUCCUUCUACUGACCACACCUUUGGAACCUCAUAUGGACAUUACUCCAGCUUCAAACACUCUCCUGAUAACAUAGAAGAUAAGGCAUAUCUCUUCAGUCCCAUUCAUCAUGGUACUGGAGAAGUGUGCUUCCAGUUCUACUUUUAUAUGCAGGGAGAGUCAGAUUGGUUAGGACAGCUGUCUGUGUACAUCAAGAGUCCAUCAGCACCUAUUGAUGGCCUAGCUCCAGUUUGGCAGAUGUUGGGCCAUCAAGGAGAUGCUUGGAAUUUAGGCCAAAUAUCAUCCAAUCUUGUCAAUGAGUUUGAGAUUGCCUUUGUUGCCAUGGAGGGUGAGGAUGGGAAGAACAGCACCAUAGCCAUAGAUGAUGUGGUGAUGCACAACAGGACCUGCCCCACCAUUGCCACAUGUAGCUUUGAGGAUGGCUUCUGUGGCUGGACUAACACCAUGCAAGGAGAUGACACAGAAUGGGUGAUGAACCAAGGCUCCACACCCACUGAAGGCACAGGUCCCAAAUAUGACCACACCCUCAACACUGCUCUUGGGCAUUAUAUCUACAUGGAUGCAACAUUAGCAGGAUCAGAAACAGCACUUGCUACAUUAGAAUCACCACUCAUCCCAAUCCAGUCAUACUGCUUUGAGUUUUAUUACUACAUGUAUGGUGAUGAUGUUGGUGGUUUUGCAGUAGAGUUGAAGCAAGACAAUGAGGUGAAAGUCCUGAUGCAUGCUUUUGGGGAUCAAGGACAAGAAUGGAAACUGGGUAAGGUGAGCAUUAUUGAAAAUCAGCUCAAACAGCCAUUCAAGCUGCUGCUCAAGGCCCAACGAGGCAAUGGGCCCAAGGGAGACAUUGCUGUGGAUGACAUGUGGAUGGAUGAAGGUCCCUGCAACCCUGACCCAAGCCAGUUUCCAUGUUAUAAUGGCAUCACCAUUAACGCAAGCCACGUGUGUGACUUUGUCAAAGACUGCAAAGAUGGAGAGGACGAGAUGGACUGUGGUGGUUGCAAUUUCCAAUUUAGUACAUGUGGAUGGAUAUUCCAAAAAGAGAAUGACUUUGUGUGGCAGAAAGGACGGAACAUGAGUGAUGGAACUGACUAUGAGAUCAUUAUGGACCACACUCUUGGCACUGCAGCGGGAUAUUUCUUGUAUAUUGCUGAGCAACCUAGUGAAAAAUCUGGUCCAGCUGUCAUGGUCACUACUUCUCUCCGCAAAGCCUUCCUGGGAUGCACCAUGAACUUCUGGUACCGAGAAAACAGUAACAACUACUACAACAAGCACAUGAAGCUAACCAUCAGUGUGGUGAGCAAGGGUGAAGUCCAUCCUCUGCAUUACUUGAUUGACACCAAUAUAUAUGCAUGGGAGAAGGCCAGCAUCAGAAUAAUGGACUGGUGGGAAGACUUUAGUGUUCAGGUCGAGGGCGAGAGCACAGGCACUCCUUCUGAUUUAACUUUGGAUGACUUCAGCUUUGAGGAAUGUGGACCACCAUCAGUCACACCUGAAAUCUGUCCAGAGUACCACAUCAAGUGUCCUGAAACAGGAAUCUGUGUUCCCCCUGACUUUAUUUGUGACACCACCAAUGACUGCGGCAACAAUUAUGAUGAACAAGAGUGUGAUGGGUACUCCCCCAGGUGUACUUUUGAAGAAAAUGAGCAGUGUGAUUGGGCUCAAGAAGAUGAGGAGGAUAACAUUGACUGGCAAUUUGGAACAAAUCAGGCAGCUGUUCAUGGCACUAACCACCUGACAGGACCACCAGCAGACCACACCUUACGCCUCACCACUGGUCACUACUUGUACAUUACUGCACCACCACACCAGGCUGGCAAGGAAGACAAGCAAAGCAAAAAUAUUUACCGAGCAUGGUUUGUUAGCCCAACACUGAAGGUUGAUUCUGAUACAUACUUUCCCUGUCAGCUUCGUUUUCACUAUUACAUGUAUGGGAAGAACAUAGAAGAGCUCAAUGUUUAUACAAGAACAGAAAUUCAUGGUGAGAAAUCUCUCUCCUUUAGAAGAAUAGGAGAGCAAGGUCAAUUCUGGGACCGUUCAAUUGUGACUGCCACAGAGAGAGUUAAUUUCCAGUUUGUUAUAGAAGGAAUCACAAACAAUGAAGACUUCUCAGACAUAGCCAUUGAUGAUCUGUCACUUACUGAGAGCUGCAUUAUAAUCAAUGCUUCCUUGCCUGGUGGUAGCACCUACACACCUCCCCCCUCACCUUGUGGAGAUAAUGAAUUCUACUGUGGAGUUGCAUAUGAAUGCAUUCCAGAAUCAAAAAGGUGUGACUGGCAGAACGACUGCACAAAUAAAGCUGAUGAAGAUUACUGUGGUGCAUGCAAUUUUGAAUAUGAUAUGUGUGACUGGUAUGAUGCGAGUUCUGGCAUGUUCCUUUGGAGAAGAAUCAGUGCUGGUGACUUCAGCUACUUUUCUCACCCUAAUGUGGACCACACCUAUCACACUUCUGAUGGCCACUAUGUGUAUGUUGAGAGUGGAGCUGGUAUUGAUGGCAAGACAGCCUUGCUUUAUAGUCCAAAGCUGUCUCAUACAACAGGAUUUUACUGCGAACUGCAUUUUUGGCUCUACCUUGAAAGCAUUCUCAGUUCAAAUUUGACUUUGUACUCUUAUUAUGAUGAGGUUCAGGGAGAGCUGCUGUAUGAUCUAGUGAACUCUGAGGUACAGGAAAAGGUUUGGUUUAAGGCAAUUGCUACUGCUAGAGAAGUGCCCACAAAGCAUCAAUUAGCGUUUGAAGCCACACCACGCUAUGAUACAUCCACAGGCUGGGAGGAAUCCCAAUCUGGCCUUUCUAUUGAUGACAUCAGCUUCUUUAAUUGCAAUCAAAGAACUUUAAGUCUGGACUGUAACUUUGAUGAUGACGGUCUGUGCACAUGGAUACAAGAUAAAUCUGAUGAGCAAGACUGGAAGAAGAGCAGUGCCUCAAAUAGUUAUCUUGCUGACCAUACAUCAGGAACAGGCUGUUACAUCUACAUUGACUUUAGUGAGUCACAAGCCAAAAUGAAUGACAAAGCAAGACUCAUCAGUACAGUGCAGUCCAAACCACUCCAGUAUGAUAAUGUGCUGAGUCUUUGGUACUACUUCUAUGGUGAAAAUGUUGGAAUCUUCAGAAUUAUUGAAAGGAAAGAAACUACAAAAACAAAUGUCACUCUUCUUGAAUUGAGUACUACCCAAGAGGAUAAAUGGCUACUAUAUCAAAAGUCAAUGUCAGUUGAUGAUGACUUCACAAUAAUUUUGGAAGGUGUAUGGAGAGAAAGGGGGUUGGGCUUGCUGGCUGUAGAUGACAUCCAGAUGACAUCCACUUUACAUGAGGCAAUGUGUGAUUUUGAAGCUGACUUCUGUCAGUGGGUACCGAGCAAUGAGAGUUCAGGAAUUUGGACACGAGGACAAGGAGCACAAGACAUUAUAGCCCUCCCACCUAAGGACCACACCCACAACUCUGAGACAGGGUAUUAUGCCUACUUGAAAACUAAGGCAGAGGAUGAAAUAGGCUUCCUCACUUCUCCUAUUUACAAGGCGGUUGGAGUUCAGUGCAUCAGAUUUUGGUACUAUAUGCUGGGAGAUAAUCUUGGACAUCUUAAGGUAGAAAUAGCUGAUAAGAGUGAUGAUCUUGGAUUCCUUCCUUUAUGGAGCCAAACUGAGAAUACCUUUGAGAUGUGGUUCCAGGGAAUGGUGACGCUACCAGGCUUAUUAGAGUACAGUGUAAGAUUUAUGGGCAAAUCAGGAAAAAACAACAAUAGUGUGAUUGCCCUAGAUGAUGUCACUUUUGUUCCUGGUGCAUGCCCCAAGCCAUAUGUCUGUAACUUUGAGUAUGACAUGUGUGAAUGGAUAAACUCAGAGCAGGAUGAAUUUGACUGGGUAAUUUCAUCUGGUAAAGAAGGAGGAGGCAUUCUUGUAGAUCAUACCAUUAAUCAUGAAACCGGCCAUUAUCUUGAAACAACACUAGAAGGUAAAAAGAAGGGUGAUCGUGCUCAACUGUUUGGACCGGUUGUACCAUCCAAAUAUAAAUGCAUGACCUUCUGGUAUUCAAUGCAGAAUAUUGAAAAUGCUACACUCAUAGUUAAAUUGAUGGAAGAUGACUUCAUUAACAUAGCAGAGAUCCAUAACUCUUCUCUGCUUUACCUUUGGGAAGAAAUUUCCUUAACUCCUGAUACUUUGGAUGAUAAAUAUGAGAUCAUGUUAGACCUGGUUAUAGAUGAAAAUAUUACAUUUUCACAAUACUAUACCAUAGCAAUAGAUGACAUUGCUUUUACGGAGGACUGCAACAUCCACACACUUCCACCCAUCACCAUUCCACCUCCCACACACCUUCCUUCCAGCUUUGACUGUGAUUUUGAGCAAGAUGAAAGUGAAACCUGUGGAUGGAUGCAAGACAGUGAUGAUGGAAUAGACUGGCAGCUUUGGAAGGGACCAACACCAACUUCUGAGACUGGUCCACAGGCUGACCACACACUUCUUACUGGUGAUGGACAUUACAUAUAUAGUGGCAAUAACAUUGUGAAAAAUGAAACUACAGCAGUGCUAAAGAGUCCAGUUGUGGAUAUUGGCACUCAUGGGGCUUGUCUGUCAUUCUGGUACCACAUGCAUGGACUGGAUGUUGGAGUGCUGCAGGUCAUGUCUCAGAAAGCAGGUAGUACCAACAAAUCACCUGUGUGGACACGUUCAAAUGAGCAGGGAGAUGACUGGAUGCAAGCCAAGGUCCACUUCACAAUACAGGGUGAACAGUACAUGGUGCUGCAGUCCACACUCAGAGCAUCUGGUGCUGGUGAUAUUGCUAUUGAUGACAUCAUAUUUGACUAUGGGAACUGCUACACUGGGAUUUUGUGUGAUUUUGAGUCUGGAAAUAUCUGCCAUUUUGAACAAUCCCUUGAAGAUAAGAUGGACUGGCAGCUUGUCAAAGCUUCAGACUUUACUGGCAAAUCAGAUAUGUACCCAGAGGAAGAUCACAGUCUCCAGUCCCCACUUGGUCAUUACCUCCAGUUAUCAGGUGUGGGCUAUGCUGACAUUUAUACCAAUGAAAUUGAUCCACAGUAUGCAUGUGUUGAGUUUUCAGUCUAUUUGAAUGGUUACCUUGAAAAGCCAUCAGCACAGUUAAAUGUACACAUUCGUCGAAGUGGCACCCUGGAUCCUAAACCAGCAGUAAUUGUUACUGGCCCCAUUGCCUCUGGCUGGAGUCGUUACUUACUUCCAGUAACCAGUUCAGCCCCAUACUCAUUAGCCUUUCGGGGCAAUGUGGAAGGAGAUGGAUAUGUGAUUGGCAUAGAUGACAUAAAACCUCUCAUGUACUGUGAACCUAUGAGUGAUUGCAACUUUGAAACAGAUACAUGUAUGUGGAACAACUUGAAUGAUGAUGAAUUUGACUGGUCUUUAACAACAGGGGAAGAUUUGGACAAUCUCUAUGCUCCUUCUGUGGAUGUUACUUUGGGAUCACCCCUUGGAAAAUUCAUGUAUGUUGACACUACCAAGGCAAUAGGCACAACUGAGAGACCGAAAGCAAUUUUAGAAACAAAUGCUAUGAACACUAAGAAGCAAUGCAUUAGGUUCUGGUACCACAUUCAAGUAGUUGAUGCAUCUCUUGCUCUUAGAAUAAAAUAUCUUCCAUUUGUAGAAAGUGAGCAAUUGUGGGAAGCUAAAGCAACCAUCCAGGCAGAAUGGAAGUACCAGCAAGUGUCCACUGAAAGAGAAGGUCUUCAUGCCAUCCAGUUUGUAGCAUCUUCAGGCAAGGGAAAAAUGGGCAUUAUUGCCCUUGAUCAGGUGAUAGUAGACGCUCAUCAGUGUACAAAUGAAACCAUUCCUGAUUGUGUAAUUACUUGUGAUGGUGGAAAAACUUGUAUUCACGAAAACCAGAUGUGCAAUUUUAUACAAGAGUGUGGCAAUGGUGAUGAUGAACGCCUGUGUGGCUACAACUGCACUUUUGAAGAUACUGGUGAGGAACACUGUAUGUGGAGUAAUGUGGGAAUCAAUGAUGAAGUACAGUCAUGGAUGCUUCUCUCAGGUGACCGUAAUAAUACUAAUGCACCUCCUGUUGACCACACCUUUUUGACACCUUCAGGCCACUACAUGGCUCUAAUGCCUGGAGUGGGAGGCCAAACAGGAGAGGAGACCCAAGCAGUCAUGCAAAGCCCAUUCAUGUUCAACUCUGCCUCCUAUUGCCUUAUGACCUUCUGGUAUGUAAUGUUUGGAAAAGCAGAUAACCUUUCUUCAACAGACAUUGGUACUUUGGCUGUAGCAUCUCAGAUCAGUGAUCUCUCUGUUGAGCUACUGACAAUGAAAGGAAGUCAAGGUGAUGAGUGGAGAUAUACAGUUGCCUAUGUUGGGAGAAUAUAUCAGAAAUUCAUGCUUAAAUUAAUAGGCAACAGAAACUUAGAUAUGAGUGGUUACAUAGCUGUUGAUGACAUAAGACUAGAGAAUUGCUUCCUUCCAACACCACUCACUAAGCCUGAACAGUGUGCUUACUUUUUGUGUAAAAAUAAUGCAUGUGUGUCAUCAUUUGAAACAUGUGACUUUGUUGAUGACUGUGGAGAUUACUCUGAUGAGGAUGAUGAAUAUGCUAACUGUGCCUCAUUUGUUGCCCGUUGUUCAUUUGAAGAUGGCCACUUCUGUGAUUGGAACCAAGAAGGUCCUGACAAUUGGUUUAUAGGCUCACCAGACUCUGAGGACCUGAUUCCUAAACAUGAUCACACCACAAACUUACCAAGUGGAACUUUUAUUUCUAUUGGGAACAUUCAGAAUAAGUUAGUGUCUGCUUCUGCCAGACUCUCAAGUCCAGUAAUGCAAUGGAAAAUUGCUAACAUUAUCCCUUGUGCACUCCGUUUCUACUUUUACAUGGAUGGUCCAGAUGUUGGUGAAUUAGUUGUUUCACUAAGGGAGACAUCAGAUGGCCCAUUGAUUGAACAAUGGAAGAUAGCUGGACCUGUUGGACCAUUUUGGGAACGUGAGGAAUUGGCUGUGAUACCACAUCUGAUAGAGGAUAAGCCAGUACAGUUCCUUAUAACUGGAAAAACUCUCAAUUACACAGGUAGAGGCAAUUCAGUGAUUGCCAUUGAUGAUGUGUCAUUCUCUCAUUCAUGUGCUUUGUCAGAUGACCCACUACCAUCCACUCCCUCACAGAUGCCAACAACUACCCAAGGUCCAUGUAAUGAUAUGUUCCAGUGUGAGAGUGGCCAGUGUGUCCCACUGGAUUAUGUGUGCAAUUUUGCAAAAGACUGCGAGGAUGGCACUGACGAAACUAUGUGUGCUGAGUGUGAUUUUGAGAGGAACACUUGUGGAUGGAAAGAUGUUAGUGUUGGCAGUUACUACUGGAUUCGUGAGGAACCAGGAGUUGAAGGUAGAAAUGGGCAAGUUAUGAAAGUGGAGGAAAGGUUUGCCUCUGUUUCCAAGGUUGCAGAGCUCACAAGUGUACAGCUGGGAGGAUCUGCUUCAGGUUGCACCAUCAGGUUCUUUUAUUAUAAAUGUUUGGGUUUAUAUGGAACCACAGCACUUCAUUUGUAUGUCAAGAGAAAAGACAAUAGUGAAUAUAGAGCAUGGUAUCAGCUGGAUGACAUGGGUGAUUACUGGUAUGAGCAGUAUGUUAUAAUUGGUGGACAAGAUCCUGGCUGGAGCUUACGGUUUGAAGGCACCCACUAUGAUGAAGAGGGACUGAUCCUUAUUGAUGACAUUCACUUUGAGAAUUGCACAUUACCAUCAGCAACAAUCUGCAAAACUGAUGAGAUGAAGUGCCUGAAUGGCAUUUGUGUUCCUAAUGAUGUUAUAUGUGACUUCAAUGAUGACUGUGGAGACAGGACAGAUGAGAUGCCAAGCUUGUGUGAAAGCUACAAUGAAAGGUGCAAUUUUGAGAAUGAUUUCUGCAGCUGGACACAAGAAAAUGAAACAAUGGAAUGGAUUCGCAGAACAGGAGAGUCACUGUCUGAAGAUGUUGGACCAGACUAUGAUCACACUUUUGGAAAUGAAACAGGGUAUUAUAUGUACUUAAAGAGUGGGCAGGAUGUCAAAUUUAAAACUGGGAGGAUAGCCAGUCCUGACUUCUAUCCAGCAAUCACAGCCUGUAUGUUCAGGUUCUGGUAUGUGAUGAAAGCUGACCAAGGCUCAAAGUUGAUUGUUUAUGCUGAAGAAACCUCAGGACACACGGACAAGAAAAGUGAGAUUAUUUUUGAAACAGAAGGCUCAGAAGAGUAUGGUUGGAUGAAAGUAAAUAUCCCUGUGGUAUUUACAAGAUAUUUCAAGAUUGUGAUUGAAGGCACUGUGUCAGAGGGAAUUGAGGGUGAUGUGUCUAUUGAUGACAUAUCUUUCACUCCAGGGUGUAAACCAGUUCAUCCUCCACCCACCACUUCACCACCUCCUGGACAAUGCCACGAUGAUGAGUUUGAAUGUGCCAACUCUGAGUGUAUUCCAAAGACCAGUGUUUGUGAUUUUAGGUAUGAUUGUCAGGAUUCAAGUGAUGAAUUGCCAUGCCCAUCAUUGUGUAACUUUGAGGUUGAUAGCUGUAGAUGGUAUGAGGCUGUUGAUGAUGCACUCAAUUGGAUACGGGCCAGAGCUAAUGACAGUAGCUUUGGGACAGAUGAGGGAGGUCCCUAUGUGGAUGGCUCAGGUUUGAAGAAAGGACACUUUCUGUACCUUUUUGCCACAAAACCUGAUCUCUCAAAUGAAGAAGGAUAUGCACUCUCCCAUUGGUAUCAAAAUUCUGCUCCCUAUUGCCACUUUAGCUUCUGGUACUAUGUCAGCGGAGAGAAGUGGUCAGAUGUGAUCCUUCGACUCAACACAUCAUCAACAGAAAUUAUGAACCUAACCUUCUUCACACGGGAGACAGUGGUGCAAAAGGGAGUGUGGCACAAGGAAGAAGUGGGAAUUGGGCGACAUGAGAUUCCCUUCCAGCUUUCUCUGUACAAUAAAGAAUCUACUCCUGAGUACACUAGCCAUUUUGCUAUAGAUGAAAUGGAAUUCAAUAAUGACUGCCACUUUGGUAACCCUUCAGAGGAUGGAUGUCAGGCUAAUGAAUAUCACUGCACUCAUACAAAGGUGUGUAUACAUGAAGAAAAACUGUGUGAUCUGACUGAUGAUUGUGGUGCAAACGAGGAUGAGAAGAUGCUAAUGUGUGUUUCCUACCAUCGACUCAAUCUUGAAAAUGAUGGUUGGCUCUCUUGGUUCUCUCAAGACACAGUAUAUGAUGACAUGGAUUGGAGUAUGGGUAGUGGCUCCACACCAACUAAAGGGACUGGGCCCAGUUUUGAUCACACAACAUCUGAUGAAUCUGGCCACUACCUCUACAUGGAGGGGAGUGUUCCUGGAGGAGCUGGCAAUGUAGCACGCCUCAUCACCUACCCCAUCAUGUCUGACCCCAUAUGUAGUUUGAGCUUCUACUCCCACAUGUAUGGCAGGGACAUUGGUUAUCUUCGUGUGCUAUUGAGAAAUGGAACCUCAGAGUCUGUGCAGUUAAUGAACAUAACUGGAGAGGUUGGAAACUACUGGGAAAAACAGACAGUGGAAGUAAAAAUGCCUUCAUGGCAAACCUUCCAAUUGAUUGUUGAAGGAGAGCUUGGCACUGGAGACCUUUCAGAUAUUGCUGUGGAUGAUUUUGUGUUUACACCUUAUUGCAAACUAAUGGGCACCCCUGACAGAAACUGCACCUCAUUAGAACACCAGUGUAGGGACGGAACAUGUUUACCAGUGGCUAGUCGCUGUAACUUUGCUGCUGAAUGCCCUGAUGGAGACACAUCAGAUGAGGAGGGCUGUGUUUCAGAACAUUGUACUUUUGAAGGUAAAGAUUUGUGCAAUUGGGAGAUCAAGAAUGGUGCAGAGAAGCAAGAAGAUCUUUUCACAUGGGUCUUGAUACGUGGAGACGACCCCCUUGGCAACGGAGACCAGGAAGCAUUCAAACCUAUAGUGGACCACACCCAUGGGGACUCCUCAAGCUACUAUGCCUUCACUGCAGCCUCACCUGGAGACUAUAAAAACUCUACAGACCUCAUCACCACUCUGGCUAUAGGAGAGACCAGCACCAUUUGCCGGCUCCGAAUGUGGUACUGGCUAUCAGGUCCCCAGCCAGGUUCCCUCCAUGUGCAAAUCAUCUCAGAGUCAAAUGAAGUUGUGGAAGCCUGGAUGACAGAUGGAAACCACGGGGAUAAAUGGCACUUGGUCGAGGUGCCCUUGUCUCACUUGUCCAACCGAAAGGUCUCUGUACAUGCCCGGCACAGCGAGUUCUACGUGGGAGCAGCAGCUGUGGAUGAUGUGGCCUUUGUUGGCUGUGUUCCCCCAAUAAUGCCUCCUAAAGGCAUGACAUGUUCUGAGAUGGGAAAAAACAAGUGCAAAUCUGGAGCAUGCAUUGAUAAGGAUAAGACCUGUGAUAAGUCUAAUGACUGCUUUGACCAGUCGGAUGAGGACUCCAUCAUGUGCAUCCUUUACCCACAACGCUGUGAUUUUGAAUCUGGCUUGUGUGCAUAUUGGAUCCAAGAUAUUGAUAGUACUGCAAACUGGGUGGUGCACCAAGCCUCCCCAGAUGCUGCUGGGUCACUGCCCAGCCUGGACCACUCCCUUGCCACCUCUGAUGGACACUUUUUGAAGCUUGAUGGCACUAAUGGGUCUGUGGCCCACCUCCACUCACUUGUCCAGCGUGGCACUACCAAGAACUGUUUCUUCAGGAUGUGGUAUCAGGUUCUGGGUAACAUGCCUGACACCAUUAGAGUUUACAAGCGUUACUCUUACUACGAGGGAGGCAUGCAGCUGCUGGCAGAAAUAGACAAUUCUGUGCAGGGAGUGUGGAUUAAGGUCAAUCUGAACCUUUCAAAUGCAACAGCCACUGAUAGAUACCAGGUUGUUGUGGAAGGCAUGGUGAGUGGCGCAGAUUCAGGCCAUGUGCUCCUUGAUGACUUUUCCAUGACACCAUCAUGUGAAUCAUCAAAAAACAAUCAGCUUCCUGGAGAAGGUGAAGUCACCACACCCUCACCAUUAUGCCUUCCUGGACAACUCCUCUGUGAUAAUGGCAAAUGCUACAAUCCUAUUGAGUCCUGCAACUUCUUGGAUGACUGUGGGGAUGGAACAGAUGAGAAAGGAUGCACCACAAGCUGUGACUUUGAAGAUGAUGAUUGGUGUGGAUGGUUUGAGAGUACAAGCAGCUCCAUCCACUGGGCCAUCUCAGGCUUCCCAGCUCUACCACCUGGCCCCAGUAGUGACCACUCUAACCACAAAGACACCCAUGAUCUCACCACAACCAAGGAUGAGGGGAACGGAGGAGAGGUGGCAAUAUUGGAAUCCCAUACUUUUUCAUCUGUGGGUCCACACUGCACUUUGGCUUUCUGGUCAUACCUGGCCUUUGAUGGAGAUUCAUCGUCUCUAACUCUCAUCAGGAAAUCAGAACAGGAUGCAGCUGCUGGGAAUCCAUCAAAAAUUCUGUGGACAGCAUCAUCUCUCAACAACUGGUCAUCAGAUUACGUACCAAUUGCGGGCAAGAGAGACUUCACUCUUCUUUUCAUGGCCACACAUGGCAGAGGAAAGAAUCACAUUGCCCUGGACGACUUGGUGUUCCAUAAUUGCAAGCCUACUGAUGAAUGCCAAAGCAGCACAGACUUCCAGUGUUCGAGUGGUGACUGCAUCCCACGCCAGUAUGCAUGUGAUGCUAAGUAUGACUGCUAUGACAAGAGUGAUGAGUUCCAGUGUCUACAUGUUAAGGGUGAUUGCAACUUUGACUCUGGAUCAUGGCUGAGAGACUGUGCAUACAGGCAGCGUGCAGAUGAUGACAUGGACUGGCAGCAGGCCAGUGCCUCUGACCAGGAUGGUACAGGCCCUCUACAUGACCACACUCUUGCUUCCAUAGGCUAUUAUGUGUAUGUAUCCAGCAAAACUGGGGAACCUGGACUCUUGGCCCUUAUGGAGACAGAAUAUGAAUAUCCAGCCUCACAGGGCAUCUGCUACAUACGAUUUUGGUAUUACAUGCACACUGAUAACGGUGCAGAAAAUGUGGAUAUUGGAACCCUCAGGGUGUAUUUGUCAGAUCGAUUCAAUCAACGGUAUCCUGUGGCCUCAGAGAGUGGCAACCAUGAUAAGGGGUGGAAGGAGGUGGUGAUCCUUGUUAACAUGAAAAAUAACUAUGUCGUCAUGUUUGAAGCUGAAACAGGAACUUCAAAGCAUACGUACAUUGCAGUUGAUGAUGUAUCCUUCACUCCUGAGUGUGAGACAGGUGUUGGUCCCCCUCCUAUAAACAAUACAUGUGGGAAUGGAGAACUGAGGUGUGGGUCUGGGGAGUGUAUUCCUGAAAGCUACAUCUGUGACUGCAUUGCUGACUGUCUUGAUGCAUCUGAUGAAGCCAACUGCAGCAACACAUGUACCACUCUACACACAAGGCCCACCACCACCAGCAGCACCUCCACCAGCACUGUCAGCACCACAGCAAACCCUUAUGCUUGCAGCAAGAAAGAAUUCUCCUGUGAAGAUACAGACCAUACCUGCAUUCCAGGACUUCUUCUCUGUGACAGUAUUCCUGAUUGUCCCAAUAAGGCUGAUGAAACACAGUGCCCUGAAAAUUCCCACUGUGAUCCAGGAUUCUUUUACUGUGGUGACAAGUUCAUGUCUAACCACCCAUGCAUGAUCAUGGACGAUGUGUGUAAUGGCAUUGUGCAGUGUUUUACACAUCAAGCUGAUGAGUCCGUGUGUGGUGACUGUCCAAACAACUACUGCCAGAAUAAUGGAGUGUGUGCACCACAGGGAAGAGGAGAGCGUCCCGCUUGCAAUUGUUCAGCUGAUUAUACUGGGGACCGUUGUGAGGUGCCUGUCUCCAUCACCACCACUGUUUCACCCACGACUGGAGAACUUGAUCCAGGGGCCAUUGCUGGCAUUGUCUUUGGAGUCUUGUUUGCCAUCAUCAUUGGAGUUGUAGGCUUUUUCUAUUUCAAGAAUAAGAGAAGAAUCGUGCAGGAAACCCCAAGAAGUCCUUGGGAGUUGGAGGAGCACCAACAUUAUGUGGGACCAGACCUGCCAGUGCCCAGUAGUGAUGAUAUCCCACUGGAGGAUCUUGACAACAGCUCUGUCUCAGAUUCAGUCUCCAAUCCCAGCUUCGUUCCAUAAUUCCCUCUGAGUAGCUGAGUAGUGAUGUUCCAGAUGUUCAGGGAUUAUUAUUUGUUAAGAAUUAAUUUUUUAAUUUAGUACCUUUUUGAGUUAGGAUUUAUAUAGAUACAAAA